GAGCGGGGGCUAUAAUUUUGCGGGCGCCGUCUGGUAACAAGAGCUCUCUCUCUCUCUCUCUCUCUCUCUCUUACUUAUCUUCUCCUGCUCCUCCUAAAACCCUUCGACCCCGCAAAAUCGAUUCGAGCUCCGGAGCCAAGUAAAGAUGAACGUAGAGAAGCUUAUGAAGAUGGCGGGUUCAGUCCGCACUGGUGGAAAGGGUACCAUGAGAAGAAAGAAGAAGGCCGUGCACAAGACAACUACCACGGAUGACAAAAGGCUCCAAAGCACCCUGAAAAGAAUUGGAGUUAAUGCUAUUCCUGCAAUUGAGGAAGUCAACAUUUUCAAGGAUGAUGUCGUCAUCCAAUUCGUAAAUCCCAAAGUUCAAGCCUCUAUUGCAGCCAAUACAUGGGUUGUUAGCGGUGCUCCUCAGACCAAGAAAUUGCAAGAUAUUCUCCCGGGAAUAAUCAACCAAUUGGGGCCAGAUAACUUGGACAAUUUAAGGAAGCUGGCCGAGCAGUUCCAGAAGCAGUCACCUGGUGCAGCUGCCGCUGCAGGCGCAACCGCAACACAGGAGGAUGAUGAUGAUGAGGUCCCUGAACUUGUUCCUGGGGAGACUUUUGAGGCUGCUGCGGAGGAGGGUCACACAUCUUAAAGACUCUAAAUGGAUUUUGUGCCAUUCCAUAUAUAUUUUGUGGUGUUUAAAAUUUUGCCUUCUUCCCUUCGCCCUUCUUACUUUCACAUUUUGAUGAAGUGUUCUGUGAUUGUCAUCUCAUUAUCAUGUGACACACUAAUUAGCUAAGUUACUGGAAACUCUAGUUCAAAGCUACUCUCUUUUAUCUUUA